CUAGCUUUUGACCUUUUUAAGACGUCAAAUGUUUGUAAACAAUACCAAUCGGAUUCAACCUUGAAUUUAAAAAAAGAAUUGCCAGAAUAUUCUUGAUAAAGUAAUGGAGUAUAUAAAAGAAUGCACACUCAAUAACAGUUUAACAGACUUAAGCAGCACCACUUGUGAUUGUGUGAAAAAAAAAAAUACGCUGAUAAUUUCAUCGCAUAAUAUCAUUAUUAAUUAGAUCUAUUACUACAAAUCUACUACCAAUAAAGUAGAUUUCUAAAUCGAUAGACAGAUAACUUGACUUGAUAAUUAAUUUGCUACAUAAACAUUUAAAAAAUGUAUAGAUCUGGCCGACUAUUUCAAUUAAUGCCAAGACUCCUUGAUGACAUGUCAUCACAGAUGGCAUCAAUGUUACGCCUUUCAGAAGAGCUAAAUCGUUUGUCUGACUUCAGAUUUACGCCAAGACAUCUUAGACAAAGUAUUGCAGAUGGAGAGCCAGAAAUUCAUAAUACAGACAAAGAGUUCAAUAUCAACCUGGAACUUCCAGAUUUCAAGCCUGAAGAUGUGAAAAUUACUUCUGAUAAUAACAGAAUAACGAUUAACGCAAAGCGUGAAGAAAAGCUUGAAAACAAUGGAUACGUUUGUAGUGAGAUUACACGCACAUACUCACUCCCAGAGGAUGUUGACCCAAAGACAAUUGUCUCAGCAAUGAACAGAAAUGGAAUUCUUAAAAUUGUUUCUCAGAAGAAAGAUGUGCCUCAAGAAACUCCAAUCCCAAUUGACUUCAAGAGUCAGACCCAAACAUAAAAAUUCCACUUGUGUUCUGCCUGUAUAUAGCCUAGCUUACUCAAGAUUUUAUCUUAAAUAUUUGUUAACCAAUGAAAUUGUUAGUUUUGUAAGAUAAAAAAAAACAGUGAAGAAAAUAUAAUAAUUAUAAAUAUAAUUUGAUAGGUUUUUUGUUUAUAUAUAUUAUUGAGAUUUAUGCAAUAAAAUGCAUAAAUUAAUUUGUGUUAUACUAAGUCAUUUUUAUAUGAAUUAGAUUUAAACAAUGUAUAGUUCUAUAAGAACCAUUUUACAGUAUUAAUUGAUUCAUUAUCAAUUGUGUUAUUAAAAUGUAGUUUUUUAAUUUUGUCUUAAAUCCAGAGAGUGUAAUUGUAAUUUGUUGUAUGAUUUAUUUUCAUUAUUUUCUUAAUAUUUUUGUUUAAUCGUUUUGUUUAUCAAAUUAAAAUUUGCUUCCAAUU